AUUAAUUAAGAGAGAAAUUUAUAUGAAGCGGUAAAGAGGAGACGAAGGAAGAGAAGAAGAAGAAAAAGCUUUGAGGCAAAGUUCGAUCGGUCGUCUAUGGCGGUGAGUCUCCGGUGGCCGUUUCUCCAGUGAAACCAAAUCACGGUUGUGUUUCUGACGGAGUUUUUCUGUUUAUUAAGCCUUUUAUGCCGGCGAUUGGAUCUUCCGGUUGCCGGCGAUUGAGCGAGGACUUGGAUUGUAUAGGUUGAUGUGAUGAUUUGACCUUUUUUUUUUUGGUUAUACAGAGAGAGAGUUGAAUUUUUCGGUUUCUUUUGUUUUGUUUAACUAACGACGAGGGAGGAAGGAGAAAAACUGGUUUGAUUUAGCGGUGGAGUUUGAUUUUGUUGUGUGGAGAAGGAGAAUCAGUUGCGAAAAUGAAUGGAAACAACACUGUGAAUGGGAAUGGGAAUGUAGGAGGAUUCAGUGACGCGGAAUGGGAGCUUAUACGGAGGUACCACAGAAACGAGCCUGCUGAGAAUCAGUGCACCUCUCGGCUAGUUAGCAUUAAAGCUCCUGUUCCUCUUGUAUGGUCUCUGGUAAGGAGGUUUGAUCAACCACAAAGAUACAAACCUUUUGUUAGCAGAUGUGUUUUGAAGGGAAACCUUGAAAUCGGGACUCUCAGAGAAGUUGAUGUGAAAUCGGGGCUUCCUGCCACAACGAGUACAGAGAGAUUGGAACUCCUUGAUGAUGACCGGCACAUACUUAGCAUGAGGAUUGUUGGCGGAGAUCACAGACUAAAGAAUUACUCUUCAAUCAUUUCCCUGCAUCCAGAAAUCAUCGAUGGAAGACCAGGGACUUUGGUAAUUGAAUCGUUUGUGGUGGAUGUGCCUGAAGGAAACACGAAGGAUGAGACUUGCUACUUUGUGGAAGCCUUGAUUAAAUGCAAUCUCAAGUCACUUGCUGAUGUUUCAGAGCGACUUGCAGUGCAAGAUCGCACUGAGCCUCUUGAUAGGAUCUAAAAAAUGGGAUUGGUAACAUGUGAUGUAUGCAAGGGCUUGCCAUGAAUGAAGCCUCCAAGGCUCUCAUAUCUUUGGAGGCUUUGGAGAUGGACUGGCAGGAGGGUAUAUUAUACACAAAUUAGCAUACUCUUUUUUAUCGGUUGAUAUUGUCUUCCUUUUUAUUUUAGUUCAGCAAGUCAUAUCUAGUAACUGGGGAGUACAAAGGGUUCUUGUAAGGUUUGAGAAACUCUUAAGAAUUUAGUUAUUUAGAGAGAGGAAGAGAGAGAGGGAAGUCUAAAUUCCUUCAUCUAAUUUACAGGGUUUUGUCCAUGGAGGUGUAUGCUUAUUGAUGUAUAUAUCUGUGAUAACAAUGAAUGGUUUCUGUAUAUUGGCGUCCUCUCUGUUUCAGUUUGACAAACUACAGUUAGUCGAUGUCUGAUAAGAUGCUAUGAUUACUUGAGGUAAAUGUAAUAUUAUUUCUUGGUGGCGUCC